AUGGCCCUGAGUAAUCACACCAAAGUGUCUGAAUUUAUUUUUUGUGGACUUACCCAGUCUCAAGAGCUGAGCUUGCUCUUAUUUUUCUUUUUAUCUGUAGUUUAUGUAACAACUGUGUUAGCAAAUGUGGCCAUCAUGGUCACUGUGACCUGUGAGUCCCGCCUUCACACCCCCAUGUACUUCCUGCUCUGCAACCUCUCCGUCUUGGACAUCUGCUUCUCCUCCAUCACUGCUCCCAAGGUCCUCGGAGACCUCCUGUCAAGGACGAAGACCAUCUCCUUCAAUGGCUGCAUCACUCAGAUGUUCUUCUUCCACCUACUCGGGGGGGCAGACAUCUUUUCUCUCUCUGUGAUGGCCUUCGAUCGCUACAUGGCCAUCUCCAAGCCCCUGCACUACGUGACCAUCAUGAGCAGGAGGCGAUGCACUGCCCUCAUCGUGGCCUCCUGGGUCGGGGGCUUUGUCCACUCCAUCGUGCAGAUUUCCCUCUUGUUGCCUCUGCCCUUCUGUGGACCCAAUGUCAUUGAUGGCUUCUACUGUGACGUCCCCCAGGUCCUCAAACUCGCCUGUACAGACACUUUUGUACUUGAGCUCCUGAUGAUUUCCAACAAUGGUCUAGUCACUACUUUGUGGUUUGUCCUUCUCCUUGUGUCCUACGCAGUCAUCCUGACGAUGCUGAGGUCUCAUGCCGGGGAGGGCAGGAGGAAAGCCAUCUCCACCUGCACCGCCCACAUCACUGUGGUGACCCUGCAUUUUGUACCCUGCAUCUACGUCUACGCCCGGCCCUUCACCGCCCUCCGCAUGGACAGAGCUGUCUCCAUCACCUUCACAGUCAUCAUCCCGGUCUUGAACCCCAUGAUCUACACCCUCAGGAACCAGGAGAUGAAGUCAUCCAUGAAGAAAAUGAAGGGAAGACUUACGUUUUCUGAAAGGGGAUAA